GACGACACUGCAGAGAAGAAACACAUUUGUUGUCUGUGUGUCUGAACCCAUACUGGCCCCCACGUACAGAACGUGUAUUCGACGAACCCCAGCGGGCCGCAAAGCACGUCACGUGCCCGUCGCGUGCCUCACCUGUCAUUUCCCCGAGACGGCGGGACUUGCGCGCGCGCGCGCGAUGAGUAAAGCGCAGCUCCUCGCUUACUCUGUGACGGGGCGCGUGACUAGCAAACCGAGUUUUUCCUGAGCACGAGACCCUGUGAGCCCCAGUGGGCCUGCUGCUGUGAAUGCAGGCGGAGGUCGCCAUGGCUAGUUCCAUGGAGGAGAGCGUGUUGGAGGAGGAGCUGACCUGUCCCGUGUGCCUGGAGUUCUUCCGAGACCCCCACCUGCUGCCGUGCGGCCACAACUUCUGCCUUCUGUGCGUGAAGCGCUUAAAGAAGCAAGCCGAGAGGGGCCGCAUCAAGUGUCCCGAGUGCCGGCAGACGCACCGCUGCGGCGUGGUGCUACAGAAGAACUUCCGGCUGGCCAACAUCGCAGAGGAGUACCGCAAGAGGGGCCAUCCGCUGGCAGAGGCAUCCACCCUUGUUCCUGCUACGGUCGCCUGUGACUACUGCCUGGGGGAGCAAGCAGCAGCUGUGAAGACCUGCCUGAAAUGUGAGGUGUCCAUGUGUGCUGAUCACGUACGGCCCCACCUGGAGCGCCCUGCCUUUCGGGAGCACCCUCUGGCAGAACCUAUGAGUGACCUGAGGAAGAGACGCUGUCCCGAGCAUGACGAGAUGUUCCGGUACUACUGCCUGGAUGAGAAGGUGUGCAUCUGCAACGCCUGCACCAUAGAAGGCAACCAUUCUGGACACAGUAUCAAGACCAUGAAGAACACGAUGAAGGACCUGAAGGGAUCCCUGGAGAUCCAGCUGCAGAAGACCAGUAGAAAAAUUACCAAGUCGGAGAAAACCCUGCAGGAAUUUCAGAACAAUGAGCAUGAGAGUCAGAGUUUUUUUGAGGAGACGGAGCAGCGGGUGAACACGUUGGGGGAGGUUUUGCACGGGCAGCUGGAGGAGUUUCUCUCAGCUCUGAGGGAAUGCGCUCGCACUCACAGUGGCCUCUCUGACAUAGACAAGCAGCAGAACUUGAGCAAAAUUAGGCAGGACCAAGCACGCCUGCAGGAAGUCCACACUGGCAUUGAAGCACUCCUGAGGCAGAAUGACCCUUUCUCCUUUCUGCAGGAGUACAGCACCACGGGAAAAAAGCUGCGAAGGCUAUUGAAGAAGCCACUCUAUUCCCCAGAGCACGAGGGAGUGGACACACAAGCCAUAGCAGAAAACAUGGAAGCCAAGCUGUCGGAGUUUCAGAAUCUACUCAAGAUGCAGGUCUUUGAAGUUAUUGACUCCGUGGCUGCUGGUCAUGAUGGUGAAGAAGAGGAGGAAGGUGAUGGGGAGGAAGAUGGAAAUAUCAGUGAUGAAGAUAGCGACGACGAAGAAAAUGAUGAUGAGGAGGAGGAGGAGGAAGAGGGUACAGAAUCCAAUGAUGACUUGUUCCUUCUGAACACAGAUGAAGAUGAACAGGAAGAUGAUGAUGCAGAGGAGGAGGAAGAGGAGGAAGAUGAGGACAUUUAACAAAGUCUGUAAGACACUGUUGUUUAUAAAAGAAUCUGUCUUGAAUGCUUCCCCCCCCCCCCCCCCAUUCUGAGGACAGGACUGAGAAGUGCUUGUUUCUCUGCAGCUACGCUACACAUGUGGAAAGGAACCAUCAUCCCUUUCAGUUUUUUAGGUCAUUCACAUGAUGCCAGUUAUGUUUGGAGCCAUCUCAUUUCAUUGCCAGAUUUUAAGAGCACUUAUGACCUCAGUUAUAAGUCCUUGGUAAUUCAUCAAUUCUCUCAUCCUCAGUCAUGUGGAUGAUCAAAUCAAUGCUUCUUGUUAUGAUGCAGAUGUCCCAGAAUUGCUGGUAACAUUCCAUUAUUUUAAAAACCGUGACCAUAGUUCUGUAGAAGCAGGAUAACAUUUGAAUUCUCCUUAGAAGCAGGAAUCAAGAGAUGUUAUGAAAUCCCACUUAGUCUUUUGAAAAAUUCUCAGUGAGCACCACAAAGAAUAGUGUGUUGAUUCUGCUCUAACAGUAUUAAGGGUAAAGUUAUGCUGUGCUGAAAAAAGAAAUGUGCCACUUUUUUUUCCUUGAAGGAUUGCGGUUGAUACAGGGUAUGAUUGUCUCACAGAUAAAUGCUAAGGGGUUUACAGUAGAGGAUCAAAUAAUGUUUUCAGCCAAUCACUGCACGUGCUAUAGAGCGAGUGUGUGAUUUCAGCUCGUCUCAGGCUCUCACUUCAGGGAAAGUAAAUAAAAAUGUUUUUCUUCUGGC